AUGAGACAAGUCCACAACGCCCCCAAUUUUGCCUUGUUCGGCAAAAUUAAAGUCUCCACCUUCCACUCCAUGGUGGUGCUAAAACAGUCAGAGUCGCCGUCGGUCGUGAUGUUCGACAUGAAUUCGAUAAAGGGAUUGUUAGAGUUCAAUAAGGAGACGAAUCCACCCUUCAUUAUCAACCCGUACUCGUACUUCGCUUAUUCAAUGCUUAACGCGGUAGGGUUUAAGAAGGUGGAGGUUGUGGUGGAAGAGACCGAUUGGUCGUAUAAAGGAGCGUGA